AUGGGGACCUCUUCUGGCGAUGAAAGCGAGUUCCAUACAGACCCAGAAAAUCCAAUGCUGGGUCCGGAUGGUAAACUUCGUGAUGCUGCGGACAAACCUGAUCAAUUUGUAUUCAGUCCUUCGGAUGUUCAGCCAAGCCACCCUUCUAACUCUGAAGGGUACAACCCAGAUAAUGACCUGCCUGCGGCUCAUCGAGUGGCACAGCGGCCUAAGCGGGUUGUGAAACAUAUUACUCGUGAAAAUCCGAUUGAAGCUUUCGAGCAACAAAAACUAUCUGCCAAAAACAAAAACAAAUCUAGUGCUUUCCGGAACAAAGAUUUGGGCAUUGGUGCUUCCCAGAAAACUCUCGCAGCUUUCUCAAAAAAUGGUCUUCAAUUGGACAAUCCCAAGUUACCGAGUAAUGCAAAACGACCCAUCAAAUCAAUCUAUGCUGGAAUGUCUGGAGAUUCCUCCACAUCGGAUGGAGAGUUGACCACGGAACAGAGUACGAAGCGUGGGCGUCACCAGGUGAAGAAGGCCCCGAAGCGGGCCAGAAUUGAUAAUGCAACAAAGGCACUCAAACCUCUCUCUGCACCUGAAAAUGCGGAGCUGGGUGGAGGGGCUGGAGUUUGGGAAGAGGAUGCACCUGGGGCUAAUGAGAACCAAGACGAGUUUGCCUGCAAAGAUGCACAGGCUGCACUUGCAGUCAAGCAGUCUCAGAAAGCGCGAAGAAUGCAAGACCUCGAGACGGUGUUCACUGAAGUUAUUCAUGAUGACCAAGGGAGCUAUCGGGUAUGCCGAGUAUGCCAGUAA